AUGGAAGGAAAUAUGUCACAUGUCGCUAUCCCACUCUUUGAUGGUGAAAGCUAUGAUCUAUGGGCGAUAAAGAUGCAAACAUAUCUAGAGGAACUAGAUCUAUGGGAAGUUGUGGAGCAAGAUGAUGUUCCCUUGUCUGAAAAUUCCCCCGUGGCUCAAAUGAAAGCGCAUGAAGACAGGAAAACGAGAAAGGCAAAGAAAGCAGAAUAUGAAGGGAACAAGAAGAUUCGAGGCAUGAAAGUUUUGAAAUUGAUAAGGGAGUUUGAGAUGCAAAGAAUGAAAGAGUCGAAGAUGAUUAAAGAAUACUCAAACAAAUUGUUGGAUAUUGUCAACUGGAUAAAAUUGUUGGGAAAGGAGUUUGCAAAUUCCACGGUGCCAGAAAGAUACGAGGGAUCUAUUGCUUCCUUAGAAAACACAAAAGAUGAGGCAGUUGAAGGUAAUUUAAACUACACUGAAGAGAAUGCUCUCAUAGUCAAGAAAAAUAUAAGGAGCAAAUACAAAAACACACAGGUAUGCAAAUCUAAAGUUUCUCAAGAAGAUGUUAAGAUUGUGGAGAAUAAAUCAGAUGAAGAUAAAUCAGAGGAGGAUCUACUUCUUACAACAUCAUGUGUCACAACCAACGAAUCUUCAAAAGAUUGGGUUAUAGAUAGUGGUUGCACAAACCACAUGACUCAUGAUAGAGAAAUGUUCAAGGAGUUCAAUGAAUCAAAUAUUUCCAAGUUAAGAAUUGGGAAUGGAGAACAACUUGUUGUAAAAGAUUUUGGCUAUGGAAGACAAGAGAACCUUCGCUGCCACCCACUGUUAUCAUUGAAACGCAUCUCCGAAUUCGGUGCCACCAAUGCCUCUCCAUCUUCAUCUUCGUCCCCAACACGCAAGAUUGAGGACAACUUGCAGUUGGGGGAGAUCGUAGACAAACAAGAUUGUAGUGAAUCUAAGGAUGGUGGUGAGACAACCAGUGACAAACAAACAAAUGAAGAGAAUGAGCUAAUGCUCUCCCUUCCCAAGGAGAUGGGUUUGAAUGCAGGCCCCUAUCUCCAUCUUUUUCAAGAUUUUUGGUGUCCAUCAUUUUAUUUUCAAGGAGUGAUCAACUUUCAAAAACAUUUUCAUGCAAAAGACAGUGAUGUUUUUGUUGCCAGCUUUCCAAAAUCAGGUACUACCUGGUUGAAAGCCCUUACUUUUCUCAUUUUAAACCAUCAACGUUUUUCCUCUUUUGAGAACCAUCCAUUACUUUCUUCCAAUCCUCAUGAACUUGUGUCUUCCCCUGAAUUCAUCUUGUCUCAUGAUUUGCAUGACCAAAUUCUUUCCCUCUCCAACAUGAGUGACCCAAGACUUUUUUCUACUCACUUACCAUUUUCUGCAUUACCUAAAACAAUGACAGAGUCCAAGUGCAAGAUCAUUUAUAUAUGCAGAAAUCCAUUUGAUACUUUUGUUUCAGCAUGGGAAUUUUCUACUAAAAUAAAGUCAGUGUCUUCUUCACCUGCAUUAACAUUCGAGGAAGCAUUUGAAAAGUAUUGCAAUGGAAUAACAGGGUUUGGUCCAUGGUGGAGUCAUAUGUUAGGUUACUGGAAUGAGAGCAUAACUAAACCAGACAAAGUUUUGUUCUUAAAGUAUGAAGAUCUUAAAGAGGAUACAGUGUUUCAUGUGAAAAGAAUUGUAGAGUUCUUGGACUCUCCUAUCACUCAAGAAGGAGAGGGCACCACAGCGAUUGAAAACAUAAUCAAUUUAUGCAGAUUUGAGAAGAUGAAGGAUUUGGAAGUGAAUAAAUCAGGAUAUAUACACAAUAUUGCAGAGAAGAAAAAUUUCUUUCGGAAGGGUAAAAUAGGAGAUUGGAAAAAUUACUUUUCUCCUUCAAUGAUAGAAAAGUUGUCCACAAUCAUUGAAGAAAAGUUAAGUAGAUCAGGUCUAUCAUUUAAAGUGCAUUCCUAG